AUGGCUACAAAAGGGAAUCCCGGAGACAAUAGAACUAGAAAUUCGGUUUCGAUGUUUAUUGUAGCCGGUCUUUGUUGUUUCUUCUAUCUUUUAGGAGCAUGGAAAAGAAGUGGAGCAGGGAAGGGAGACAGUAUAGCCCUUGAAAUGACAGAGAAGGCCGAGGACUGCAGUAUCCCUUCGAACAUUGAAUUCAAAACUCAUCAUGGUGACAAGAUGGGCCAAACCGACAACUCCAAAUUCGAGGUCAAAAUAGUUGAGCCGUGUGAUGAUAGAUACAUUGAUUAUACGCCAUGUCAAGAACAAAUGCGGGCGAUGACAUUUCCUCGGGAAAACAUGAAUUAUAGAGAGAGACAUUGCCCACCUGAUGAAGAGAAGUUGCGUUGUCUUAUCCCAGCACCUAAAGGAUACGUGACGCCAUUCCAAUGGCCUAAGAGUCGUGACUACGUGCCAUAUGCAAAUGCACCCCAUAAGAGCUUGACGGUUGAGAAGGCAGUUCAGAACUGGGUCCAAUAUGAAGGUGAUGUAUUUAGGUUCCCGGGAGGUGGAACACAGUUUCCCCAGGGGGCAGAUGCGUAUAUUGAACAACUUGCUGCUGUGAUCCCAAUGGACAAUGGUACAGUGAGAACUGCUGUGGAUACGGGAUGUGGGGUGGCAAGUUGGGGAGCCUACCUGUUUAAGAAAAAUGUCAUUGCCAUGUCAUUUGCUCCAAGAGACUCGCAUGAAGCACAAGUUCAGUUCGCUCUUGAAAGAGGUGUUCCUGCAGUUAUUGGUGUACUAGGAACUAUAAAGCUUCCGUAUCCAUCCAGGGCAUUCGACAUGGCUCACUGUUCACGUUGUUUAAUUCCGUGGGGUGCAAAUGACGGGAUGUACAUGACUGAAGUUGAUCGAGUGCUUAGACCAGGUGGAUACUGGAUACUCUCAGGUCCUCCUAUCAACUGGAGGAAUAAUUAUCAAGCAUGGGAGCGUCCCAAAGAGGAACUUGAGCAGGAACAGAGGAAGAUUGAAGAUAUUGCCAAACUUCUUUGCUGGGAAAAGACACACGAGAAGGGUGAAAUUGCUAUAUGGAGGAAACGAAUAAAUAAUAUGGACUGCAUGGAGCGAGAUACAGCCUCUAUGUGCAAAGCCUCAUACGUAAACAAUGUCUGGUACCAAAAAAUGGAGACGUGUGUGACACCUUAUCCCGACACUUUGAGUUCAGAUGAAGUUGCGGGUGGAAAACUGAAGCCAUUUCCAGAGAGACUUAAUGCCGUUCCUCCAAGAAUAGCGGCUGAUGAUAUUCCUGGAGUCUCUAUUGAUGCAUUCUAUGAAGACAAUAAAAUGUGGCAGAAGUAUGUUGAAUCUUAUAAGAGGAUUAAUAAACUUCUCGAUACAGGAAGGUAUCGCAAUAUCAUGGAUAUGAAUGCCUAUUUAGGAAGUUUUGCUGCAGCGAUAGAUUCUUCAAAAUUAUGGGUAAUGAACGUUGUUCCAACACUAGCCGAGAGAGAUACUCUGGGUGUUAUAUAUGAAAGAGGCUUGAUCGGCAUAUAUCAUGAUUGGUGUGAAGCUUUCUCCACAUACCCUAGGACUUACGACCUUAUUCAUGCUAGCGGUGUUUUUAGCUUGUACAAGAACAAGUGCAAUGCAGAAGAUAUCCUCUUAGAAAUGGAUCGAAUCUUAAGACCAGAAGGUGCAGUUAUAAUCCGUGACAAUGCUGAUGUUCUUAACAAAGUGAAGAGAAUUGCAUCGGGCAUGAGGUGGAAGAUGAAAAUGGUGGAUCAUGAGGAAGGACCACGAGUUGCUCAAAGGGUAUUAUUUGCCGUUAAACAAUACUGGGUUUCUGGUGAAAACAGCACCAAACCAGCAGGAUAA